AUGGCGAGUGGGGGAGAGGAAACACCGGAUAAAACACGGCUGCAAAACCCGACAGAGGAGUAACCACAGCUGGAGAGAGUCGAGUCAAGGAGCCGUGAUAUCAACCGGAGCAGCUCGGGAUCUGUGUGUCAUCCGGUGCUUGUGGACUGACUGACAACGUGUAAGGGAUGGCGCUGUGUUGGUUAAUGUUGAGUUUGCUUCUCCAAACUCUUCACGCUCACAAUGACUUCUUCACAUCUAUUGGUCAAAUGACCGACCUGCUGUACACAGAGAAGGACUUGGUGACAUCGCUGAAGGACUACAUCAGAGCCGAGGAGAAUAAACUGGAGCAGGUUAAACAAUGGGCUGAGAAGUUGGACUCUCUGACAAUAACAGCGAUGGAGGACCCCGAGCGCUUCGUAGGUCACCCGGUCAACGCCUUCAAGCUGAUGAAGAGACUGAACAUGGAGUGGGCCGAUGUGGAGAAUCUCGUGCUCAGAGACACCACAGACGGGUUUAUCUCUAAUCUGACGGUGCAGAGGCAGUACUUCCCUACCGAUGAGGAUCAGAAAGGAGCAGCGAAAGCUUUAAUCCGACUGCAAGACACAUACCAGCUCUCAGCCCACACCAUCUCUGCUGGAGAUCUGCCUGGUGUGGUGCAUAAGAGUCGCAUGACGGUGGAGGACUGUUUCGAGCUGGGGAAGGUGGUGUACUCGGAGUCGGAUUACUACCACACUGAACUGUGGAUGACUCAGGCUCUCAAACAGCUGGACGACGGAGAGGACUCGCCCGUGGACAAAGUGACCGUCUUGGACUACCUCAGCUACGCCAUCUACCAGCAGGGCGACUUAGAGAGAGCGCUGGAGCUCACCAAGAGGAUGCUCAAACUGGAUCCCACUCACCAGCGCGCCAACGGAAAUCUGAAGUAUUUCGAAGUCCAGCUGGAGAAGCAGAGGAGAGCAGAAACAUCUGCAGGAGGUGACAAGCGAGAGAAGAGACACGUGGACGCGCAGAUGAAGCGCUCCGAAGACCCGCUGCCUGAGAGGAAGAGAUACGAGCAGCUGUGUAGAGGAGAGGGACUGAAAAUGACUCCUCGUAGGCGGAGCCGUCUGUUCUGCCGCUACUUUGACAACAAGCGCAAUCCUCGUCUGCUAUUGGCUCCCGUCAAGCAGGAGGACGAAUGGGACCGCCCGCACAUCGUCCGCUAUCACGACAUCAUCUCCGAGUACGAGAUGGGAAAGGUCAAAGAGCUCGCCAAGCCCAGGCUAAAGCGUGCCACAGUGCAUGACCCCGCUACGGGAAAACUCACCACGGCUCAGUACAGAGUCUCCAAAAGUGCCUGGUUAACGAGUGACGAGCACCCAGUGAUCACGAGGAUCAACCAGCGAAUCGAGGACAUCACAGGUCUGGACAUGCUCACAGCCGAGGAGCUGCAGGUAGCAAACUAUGGUGUCGCAGGACAGUACGAGCCGCAUUUUGACUUUGGCAGGAAAGACGAGCCAGAUGCGUUUAAAGAGCUUGGUACAGGGAACCGAGUCGCCACCUGGCUCUUUUAUAUGAGUGAUGUGGCAGCAGGGGGCGCUACAGUUUUCCCAGAUGUUGGAGCUGCAGUUUGGCCCAAAAAGGGAACAGCAGUAUUCUGGUAUAACCUGUUCUCCAGUGGGGAGGGCGAUUACAGCACGAGACACGCAGCCUGUCCUGUACUGGUGGGCAACAAGUGGGUGUCGAACAAAUGGAUCCACGAGAGAGGGCAGGAGUUCAGGCGACCCUGCAGCCUCAGCGAAACAGAAUGACGAACGGAAAACAUUUCCUCCUCCUCCUCCUCCUCCACUCCUCCAUUCUUCACACCCUCAGUACACUCACAAUCUCUCAUUUCAUUUGCUCUUUAGUUUUAGAGCAGCCAUGAGUCUGUGUUUCGUAUGUAAGGAUGGUCACCAUUACACACACACACACUCACACACACACACACGCACACACGGGCUGAGAAAUGUUCAGCUGUACAUGACAACAGAUUUAACAGCUUGAAACUGUCUGAACUUUAACCACUGAAACAGCCAAGCACUCCAAACCGAAAAACAAUAAAGGAAUAAAGCAAAGGCAAUGCUUAUUUAAGAGUUUAACUCUGACCAAAGGAGGCAUUUUAUAUACAGAAAUAAAUCAGGGUUUGAGCUUUCAACCAGACGUUCGGACAUUCUUACCAAACCAAAAUUCCUGGCGUGACCGAAGGUGUUUUUGUUUUCUUUCAGUUACUAGGUUUCAGUUUUAUUUAUCUGAAGAGUUUCAUAUUUUCUAUGGAAAUAAAAAAAGAAAUGUGUCUUC